AUGGCCGACAACAAUGUUGAGGAGAAGCUCGAGAAGCUGAACAUCGAGGGCUCCGCUGCGACGACCGCGCCUAAGAAAGACAAGCCAAAGAAGGAGCCCAAGGCCCCAAAGCCAGCGAAGACACAGCAGAUGCCGGCAAAGAAGAAGGCCGAUGGACCCGUGCUGGUUGGAAUCACAGAGCCCAAGUCGGGAGAUCUGUCAGAGUGGUAUCAGCAGGUCAUCCUCAAGGGUGAACUGCUCGAGUUCACCGACGUGCCUGGCUGCUACAUCUACCUGCCCGCCUCGUACUCAAUAUGGGAGCUGAUUCAGGGAUACUUCAAUGAGCGCAUCAAGAAAAUGGGAGUGAAGAACACCUACUUUCCCCUCUUCAUCACAGAGGCCAACCUGACGCGCGAGGAGGAGCAUCUCGAGGGAUUUGCGGCCGAAGUCGCAUGGGUCACACAUGGCGGCAAGACCAAGCUGGACAAGCCAUUGGCCGUUCGCCCUACCAGCGAGACGGCCAUGUACAGCUACUACAGCAAGAAGAUUCGGUCGCACCGUGAUCUGCCUCUCAAGCUAAAUCAGUGGAACAACGUGGUGCGGUGGGRGUUCAAGCAUGCUGUGCCCUUCCUGCGGUCCAGAGAGUUCCUCUGGCAAGAAGGUCACACUGCACACAUGACCGAGGAGGAGGCUGGAAAGGAAGUCAUGGAGAUCCUGGAUCACUACGCGUCGAUCUACGAAGACCUCCUGGCCGUCCCGGUGGUCAAGGGUCAAAAGACGAAGAACGAGCAGUUCCCCGGCGCACACUACACCAAGACCAUUGAAGGCUUCAUCCCAGCCGUGGGUAGAGGCAUUCAGGCRGCGACAUCUCACUGUCUCGGACAGCACUUUGCCAAGAUGUUCGACAUCACCGUCGAGGAUCCCACACAGCAGGUCAAGGAUGGCGAGGCUCGGAAGAAGCUUCACGUCUGGCAGAACAGCUGGGGCUUCACUACCCGCUCCAUCGGUGUGAUGAUCCUGGUUCACGGAGAUGACAAGGGCUUGGUCAUUCCUCCCAGAGCAGCAGAGGUGCAGGUUGUAAUUGUUCCCGUCGGCGUCACUGCGAAGACUACAGAGGAGGAUCGUGAGAAGCUCUACAACAAGGUCGAUGAGCUGCGGAAUACACUCGAGGCCGCCAACGUUCGUGUCGAGUCGGACUUGCGGGAGGGCUACUCUCCAGGCUUCAAGUUCAACGACUGGGAGCUGAAGGGUGUGCCACUCCGCAUCGAAUUCGGCCCCAAGGACUUCGAGAAGGGUGUUGUCACCACAUCCCGCCGUGACCGGGAGGGCAAAGACACCAUCCMAAUCGAUGCGGUGGGCACCGAGGUUCCCGCGCUGCUCGAGACCAUCCAGAAGGACAUGUUCGAGAAAGCCAACCAGGAGUUUGCCGACCACCGCAAGAUUGUUCGUGAGUGGAAGGACUUUGUUCCAACACUGAACGGCAAGAAUGUCUUGCUCGUAUCGCACUGUCUGGGUGGCGAGUGUGAAGACACCAUCAAGAAGGACUCUGCUGCCAACGUGGAGGGUCAAGAGGUUGACGCGCGUGCUCCUUCCAUGGGCGCCAAGUCUCUCUGUAUCCCUGAGGUGCAGCCAGAAGGUCUGGAGGAGAAGUGCAUCAACCCGAAGUGUGAGAGCAAGGCACAGAAGUGGGUGAUGUUCGGUCGCAGCUACUAG